GUCGCAAUUUUACAGUCGCUGUGGCCGAACGUGCGCGCGGCCAACGAGCCAAACAGAAUUAUUUCGAAACUCAAAAUAUCCGUUAACAAAAAAAAAAAAAACGACAAAUUCUACUUACGAAACGCAUGACAAGUGCAUUUCACGACUGCAGGUGAAAUUAUCGGCGCCUCUGUGUUGGCCAACCAACCCACCCCGGCCCCCCGCACUGCUUAGCACGAGUUGGUGUGUCUUGUGUGGCUAAUUCACUAAUUCGCGCCCAGUCAACGCUAAUUGGCUAAAUCUGUGCAUUUGGCCAAAAUAAAUAUCAAGUUUCAAUAUUUGCCGUGUGCCCGAGAAUUGAGAAUUGUGUUUGGCUCCAUUUCAGCCGCAGUCUGUUGCCAAUUUGCCAAUUGCCGGCAAAAUAGAAAUCGAAAAUUGUUUUGUGUAGUGCCAACAACAACAACAACAAAAAUAAAGAACAGCACUCAACUGUUUUGCUGUUGACUGUUUUCAAAAUUUAGCUGUUGAUUUAGAGAAUUGGAAAUCCUAAAGCCGAACCAGUUCUAAAGAUAUUUCCUUGAACUCAAGCUGCUUCUGUGCAAAAGCGCCUCAGCAUUUCAAGUGCAAUGUAAAAAGUUGCCCAGCGAGCAAGGAAAAUAAAUUGCCAACCGAGCAACGACGACAACAACAACAAAAACAAGAGCAACAGCAACAAUUGCAGCAAGGAAUCGUCAAGCGUGCAACAUGAGCAGCAAACGCAGCCACAUCAUGUUGAGCUGCCUAGUAAUUACCUUAGGUUUAUUGGCGCACACAAGCCAGGCACAGUUACAUAUGAGCGCAGCCAGCGCCGGUGUCAGCUUUGCCAAUGACCCCUCUCCACAUGACGCGGCCGUGGCUGUGCCACCCACAAAGGCGCACAAUCGUCGCAUGUAUGCCAUGUGCCCACCACAAUUCCAACGCGUCGGCACCGAUUGCUACUCGCUGGUGCAGCAGCGCAGCAGCUGGCUGGAGGCGCACUUCUUCUGCAAGGAUAAGAACGCCAAUCUGGCCGAGCCCACCAAGUUUGCCGACCGUAAGCUGAGAAUCUACUUGCAACGCGAGGAUUCGUUAUCGGGCGAACACGAUCCCAUUUGGAUUGGCGGCACCUACGAUCAUCAUAACCACAACUGGCAAUGGAGCAUCAGUGGACGCAAUCUGACAUACGAUGCGUUUAGCCAAAUUGAUCCGACCUAUGUGCAACUUAUCUCCAACAGCAAGCCAUUGGAUAAUAAUUGCGCUGUCUACGAUCCGAGCUUGAAAUAUCGUUGGUCGGCACGCUCCUGUCCCGAUAAAUUGCGUUUCAUAUGCCAGCACAAGAUGCCAAAAGUGAGUGAAGCGAAUCGUUAUAAGAUCUACCAUCGCUGGAAUGUCACCUAUCCCAAUUCCCUGGCCAAUGAGGUCGUUUUGGAGGUAAUCGAUCGACGUGGCAAGGAUCGCAGAUUUCAUCGCCGCGUUAAAGCCGAGGGCAGCGCUGAGGAAAUGAUUAUUCCCGCCCGCAGGCGAGGCCCCGGCCAUCGUCGCUACCCGCAACGCAAUCGCCAGCAACCGCAGCCAACGCACCCCAACGACGUCAACUAUCCACAUCAACAGCAGCAGAAGCGUCCACGCAAGCGGCCACGUGUGAGCACAACUCAGCAGCCGCGAGUGAUCAGCAAUGAGGUGGCCUCAACGAGUGCUGCCCAGCCUGGCACGCCCACUACGCCGCAGCAGAUGACCUCCUAUGACCGUAAGCUGCAGCGUGAGCGGCAGAAGGAGCGACGUCGGCAGGAACGCAAGCGCGAGCGCCAGCAGCGCAUGCGCCAGGAGAAAAUGGAACGACGUCGCAAGUUGCUUGAGGAGCAGCGCCAACACAAGCCAGCCGAGGAGCAGGAGCAGCAGCGCCCACAGCAGCAGCAACGGGAGCGAGAGCAAUUGCAGCAACAUGAGCCGCAAAGCGAACCAGAUGCAUUGCGUCAGCGCGCCAUGGAAGAGCAGCAGAAACAGGAGCGGGAGCAGCGAGAGCAGCGGGAGAAGCAACAGAUACAGGAACGCAAGGAUGAGCAUGAGCGCGAAUUGGAGCGAUUAAAGCAGAAGCAGGAGCAAGAAGAGCGCCAACGUGCCAUCGAUGAUGAAGCGCAGCGUUUGCGCGAGAAGCGCCGGCAGAUUCAGCGAGAGCGUGAGGCGGCGGAGAAGAAGGCACGCGAGGAACAGCUACGCAAACAGAAGGCGGAACAGGAGGAAGCCGAUAGACGCUAUGCUGAGGAACGUCUAGCCGAGGAGAAGCGUCUGCGCGAAGAGUAUGAGAAGCAACUGCAGGAGGCCAAGUCGGAGCAGGAGCGCAAAGUACAAGAGGCGCACGAGGCAAAGCGUCGCGAGCAGAAGGCCAUACAGGAGCAGUUGGAGGAGCAGGAACGCCAGCGCCAGGAACAAAUACGCCGCGAACAACAGGAGGAGGAGAAACGUGCGGAACUGGAACGUAUAGACGCGGUGCGUCGCUUCGAGGAGAGUGAACUGAAACGUCUGCACGAAGAAAAUGAGCGCCGCGAGGCGAUACAACGCCAGCGCGAGGCGGAAAUUGCCCAGCGCGAGGCCGACAAGCGUAAGUUAGAAGAAGAGGAGGAGCGACUGCGUCAGGAGCUGCAGGAAGAGGAAAAGGCGCGCAAUCGUCAGCUGGAAGCGGACAUGCAACGAGCCGAACAGGAGCGUAAACAACGCGAGGAAGCGGAACAAGCCGCUGCUGCCGCCAAAGCGGAACAGCAAAGGCAAAAGCUCGAGGCAGCCAAACAGAUUGCCGACGCCGAGGUAGCUGCCCAACUGGAAGAGAAGCGUCGCAAAUACGCCUCGCGCAUUGCAGCACUCAGUCCCGAGGAUCAGCAGAAGUUCAUCGAGAUGCGCAAGAAGCGCAAGCAGCUGCGCGAGAAGCAGAUGAAGGCCCAGGAGCAGAAGAAGCUCAAGCGGAUACAGGAGGCCAUCAGGCUAAACGACAUGCAGUAAAUCACACACACACACACACACGCACAGAGAGACGCACAUUAACCAAUACUAAUGCAACGGCAAAGUAAACAUAUCGUCAACAAACUUUUGGGUGUAAACGUGUUUUCUUUCUUUUGUUUCUUAUUUUGUUUUAUGCGAAAAACACGUAAAAGUAUUAUUUACAAUAAAGGAAAACGCAAGAAAAAGUUGAAAUCAAACAUUAUAAGGUAACAAAACAUUUGCAAUAGUCGUGCACUUUUUUGAAAAUAUGCGAUUAAUGAAAUAUUUCCACGCAAAAGUUCACGCGCGCACUCAAUAUCGAGCUCUAUAUGGUAAUGUACAGCCAAUAUAUAUACAUUUAUAUAUAUAUAAAUAUAAAUCUAUGAUAUGAUAUAUGAUAGAACUAGCAGAUAAACACACUCAAUCACACACACGCACACAUUGUUUCCUUAAUAACCAAAAUUAGCAAAAGCAUUUCAAAAUAAACCAAACAAAAGAAAGAAGAAGCAUAGAACACAGCUUUUUUUUUUUAAUGACUUAUAAAAAGCACAGAACAAUGCGUAUUUAAUUAGAGCAAAAGAAUAUAAUGCUUUUUAAACUUAAGUGGAACGCAUCUCUCCUCAUUUUUUUGUCAGCCUGUUGUGUCUACAACCAUACUCAGAAGGCCACGCCUCCUCAGCCUCCCCCGCCACCCAUGGGUUAUUCCGACUGGCCAGGAAGCAAUAAUUUAUAAGCCAAGCAUAACAUGAGAAACUUUUUUUCUAACCACAACAAAAUCUAAAAGAGAUGAAACCCAUUGCAAGGGCUAAGCGUAACUAUUGUACUAACAACUAACUAGGUUAUAAAUAAAUAUAUUUUAUAUUUAAUAAUUAUUGUAUGUUUAAAUGUAAAUUUAUUGUAUUUUUUAAUAUGUACCUCAAAAGCGAAAGAGAAAAAGAAAAAUAACAAAACUAAGAUGGAAAAAAGUACAGAGUGUCUUUAACGUGAAAUUUUA